CCGGGAGAGAGCCUUGGAUGGACCGGGAUAGACACGGGGAUAGAUCCAGACUGGCACCGAAAUACACCCGAGGAUAGACCGGGAUGCGCACUGGGGGAUACCGGUAUAGAGGCGGGAAUAGAGCGGGAUGAGCACCAGAAAGGACCGGGAUAGAGCGGGGUGAGCGCCAGAAAGGACCGGGAAUAGAGCGGGGUGAGCACCAGAAAGGACCGGGAUAGAGCGGGCAUGAACAGGAUCCGCAUUCACGUGUUACCGACCAGCCGGGGCCGCCUGACCCCGGUGCCGCGGCCUCAGGAGCCCCUGGCCUGCUCCUUCAGCCCCCGGCCCUGCUCGCAGCCCCGCCUGGAGGGGCAGGAAUUCUGCAUCAAGCACAUCCUCGAGGACAGGAAUGCUCCCUUCAAACAGUGCAGCUACGUGUCCACCAAGAACGGGAAGCGUUGUCCUAAUGCUGCUCCCAAACCUGAGAAGAAGGAUGGCACCUCGUUCUGCGCGGAGCACGCCCGGCGCAACGCGCUGGCACUGCAGGCUCAGGUGAAGAAAUCCAACCCCGGGCCCGUGGGUGAGACCCUGCUGUGCCAGCUGAGCUCCUAUGCCCGGGCAGAGCUGGGCAGCCAGAGCGCCGAGAGCAGCCGCAGCGAGGCCAGCCGCAUCCUGGACGAGGACAGCUGGAGUGACUGUGAGCAGGACCCUGUCACUGUGGAGCAGACGUGGCGUGGGGACCCUGACAGUGAAGCUGACAGCAUUGACAGCGACCAGGAGGAUCCCCUCAAGCAUGCUGGUGUGUACACAGCCGAGGAGGUGGCUCUGAUCAUGAGGGAGAAGCUGAUCCGCCUCCAGUCCCUCUACAUUGACCAGUUCAAGCGGCUCCAGCACCUCCUGAAGGAGAAGAAACGGCGGUUCCUGCACAGCAGGAAGGGAGAGCACGAGGCCAUCGGCAGCAGCCUCCUGACAGGGCCAGAGGGGCUGAUGGCCAAGGAGAGGGAGAACCUGAAGAGGCUCAAGUGCCUGCGGCGGUACCGGCAGCGCUACGGGGUGGAGGCUCUGCUGCACCGGCAGCUCCGCGAGCGCCGCGUCCUGGCCACCGACGGCGCGGCCCAGCAGGCUCACACCACCCGCUCCAGCCAGCGCUGCUUGGCCUUUGUGGACGAUGUCAGAUGCUCCAACCCCUCCCUGCCACUGACCAGGCACUGCCUCACACAUAUCUGCCAGGACACCAACCAGAGCCUUUUCAAGCCUUGCCAGGGCUCUGAGGAGGUUCCCUGCAACAAGCCCGUGCCCGUGAGCCUGUCGGAGGAGCCGUGCUGCCCCCUGCACCUGCGGCUGCCCCCCCAGAUGUACGUGCCCGAGCAGGGGCUGGCAGUGCCCCAGGAGCUGGGGGCAGCGCCCUCGGAGCUGUACCUGAGUGCAGCCGAGCUGCAGCCCACCGAGAGCCUGCCCCUGGAGUUCAGUGAUGACCUGGACGUGGUGGGUGAUGGGAUGCAGUGCCCACCUUCCCCUCUGCUCUUUGACCCUUCUGUGAGCCUGGAUCCAGCCCUGAGGGACAUGGCUGAGGCUCCCAUCGACAUCCUGGCCCUGGAGGAGCCUGACAGGGGCAGCUCCUGCUCCCCCCUCAUCCCUGCAGCCCAGGGGCCUGCCCAGCCCCAGCAGCAGCAGCCACAGGGAACGGCCUCGACCAGCCCAGCCCGAGGAGCCAACGGGAGCCUGGAGCCAGGAGCCGUGGGCUGAGCCUGCUGUGGGACCCUCAGCGUGGGACCUGGGGGGGCUGCAGAGCCUCCAGGAGGAGCUGCAGCUCCAGCUCUGCUGAUUCUGCAGCCACAGAAACCCCAAAAUCCCCAAGAUGGGGCUGCAGAGCCUCCUGUUCUCCAUGGGGAUGGAGCGGCCACGGGAGGGAAAUCACCAAAUUCUGGGGGACAGAAAUCACCAAAUUCUGGGGGACAGAAGUCACCAAAUUCUGGGGUACCCUCACCGUGGGACUUAGGGGUCCUUGAGUCCUUCUCCAGUGCCAGGAUGAGCUGCUCUGCUGAUUCCUGCAGUCACAGAAACCCCAAAAACCCCAAGAUGGGGCUGCAGACCCUCCUGUUCUCCAUGGGGAUGGAGUGGCCACGGGAGGGAAAUCACCAAAUUCUGGGGGACACCUGGGGUGUCAGCAUGGGAUCUGGGGAGGCUGGAGAGCUGCUCCAGUGCCAGGAGGAGCUGCAGCUCCAGUUCUGCUGAUUCUGCAGCCACAGAAAGCCCAAAAACCCCAUCCAGACCUUCCUGUCCUCCGUGGGGAUGG